CGAUCCUGUGUUAGAAUACGUUCAGAGACAACUCAAAGAUGCAACCAACCAGCCAACCAAAAGUCUAGUCAACCCCCCGCCCACCGUGCCACCCACCGACCCAGCCAACAGGCUAACCAAAAUCAAAGGUGACGUCGACAAAUUACUUGAACAUCUUAAAAAUAAUACUGAUGCACGUAGAAUUCAUAAUUACGAUCAUCCUUUCACCGUUAAACUUGCCUCCCUCAAAAACGCCACUAACGAUUUAUCCCCCUCCGCCUUCGCCAACCCCCGGCACCCGGAGCUGCUCGAUGCGGUCAAAAACGGGCUGCAGGGGUUUGUCGAGCAGAUGGGGAGGGUGUAUGUGAACGGGUAUGAUGGGCAUGAGGAGAAGGUGGAUAUGGGUAAAUUGGUUGAUACUGAUGGUAAAUUAACCGAUGACGGUAGAAAGUUGUCAAAAAUUUUCCUCACCUGUCUGCCGGGUCUGAACAAGAAUCUCAACCAUCUCCGGAAGCAAUGUGAUAACAGUCCGCAGGGAGCGUGGCGUGAUUUAGAUGUAUGUAUGAAGAAUAAAAACGACGAUAAUAAGCUGGGCCUCUGGUUCCACUGCCGUGGUUACAAGGUUUCCGAUACCAAGGACACCCAUAACGGCGAACUGAACAUUAAGCAAGGCGAGUCGCAUAACAGAAUUCACGGCCUUCUAGUUCACAGUACUAAAAAUGAAUAUAUCUUCAAAUCCGAUGAUGAUAGUGUUAAUGACCGUCCACUUAAGCAACUUUGCAAACAUCUUGAAACUUAUUACGCAGUCACCCACCUGCGACACAUCCCGUCACCUAAGGCACCGCGCAACGUGUAUCAGAUGCUCCAGUGGCUGAGUGGGCUGCAGUGGAAUAAUAUGUUUGGUGACUUAAAGAGGUAUUUCGAUAGAGUGUUUGCUGGUCUGAGAGAAGAGUACAAAUUGGCGCAAGAUGCGUUAGAGGUCAGCAUACCAGACGACCUGAAAGGUAUAGUCAGAGACAGAAAGCUCCGAUCAAGUUGCUUAUCCACUUCACUUCGCAAAGUUUGCGAGUAUUCUGAAGAAGUGUUAAUCGCGAUUCUCGGCCACGGUCAUGGCCAUCCGCAUAGCCGGUACGCAGUUGACUUUAGCACAAACGCGGAUAAACUCGACUAUCCCAGCAGCGUUGGUUCAUGUUUCGGUAUGCUUGUAGACAUCGCCGAAAGAGUGUACCAUCAACUGUGCUUCCUUCACCGGCAAUGCGAAAAUGACUCCAAAAGCGGCGGCUGGAAAGAGUGCUGGUAUGGUAAGCAGAUCGCCGGGUCAUCGUGGCAGUGCAAUGAGAAGCAAUGUGGUAACCAAGCAUGUCCCCAAAUAGCUGACCAAAAAGACAAGCAAACCGAUGACCAAAAUGCUGACCAAAGAUGCGAUCAGCACCCUAACUGCGGACUUAAGUCACCACUCCAAUCGUUCCUCGAAGAUGGUCUGGUAGGCUUCAUUCCGCACCAACUCACCAAGGUGGGUUGCGGAGUUAAGUGUACCCUUGGUGAUCACCGGGGCCUUCCUUGUAAGACUCCCAUGGGUUUAACCGACCUUAGCACUAUGGCGUCGCAUACAAAGAAAGGUGAGGAUCUCAAGAAAAUUCUAGAUGAGUUCUGUGGCCGAUCUACCGGUAACCUCAGCGUGCUGUGUGCCUUCCUCAAAUGUGUUCUCCAUACGCCUCCGCAGACGCUGGGUGAUAUGUUUGCGUUUUUCUACGGUUAUCUUGAUCACUGGAAAGGUGAGGGGGUUAAGCACAAACAGACAGCCUUCGAUGCCGCCGUCACAGACGCAUAUUUCGGCCAGGCUUAUGAGUUGGACCCAACCCCCUUGUUUGGUAGUAGUACCCAUCCAAAAAAACAUCCACAAGGUGACCUGUUCAGCAUCGUCAAAUGUACCGGCCAAGACGAAUCAAUAUGUGGCGUCUAUCUCCAGUCAUUAAGUUUUAAUACUUAUAACAUCUAUACUGUAUCGAAUAAUAAAUAUUACCUAUCGUGGAUUGUCUACCUCACAGAGACAUUCUAUCAAUUUCUCUGCAAACUUCGUGACGAGUGCUGCAAUAAUUGCAACAAGACAGGUACACGAUGCCAUGGUAAUAUGUGCGUGAAGGGCUGUAAAGUUCAAGAUGCAUAUAAAAAAGGGACGGGCUAUUGGUGGGAGGAGAGUACUCAUGAUGAUAAAUGCAAAUCCGUUUCUGAAUGUCCGCUAACUCUACCCACGUUGAACAAGUAUGGUUUUGCCUUCUGGAGUGCAUAUAGUCUCAGCAACAACAAGCAUCAUAAGCAUCAGAAGAGGACAUGUGAAGACUUUUGCAACGCGUUGCAAAAUGUACUCAACAAUGAAGAAUCAAAGAAACAUGCCCUGGCUGAAUUUGUAUUCAAGACCAUCCCCGAAUUCCUCUGGAAGAUUCGUGAAAAAUUCUUCUGGACCACCGUCUCCCUCUGGCUCCUCUCCCUCUUCUACCUCCUCCACAUCAUGGUCAUCCGUCUCGACCUGCUCCACAUCAAAUCGCAUCUACAUAGUCCCUCGAGUCAUAGGAUUGCCGCUCAAUCAUUACUCGCCGCCGCACGUGUUAACAAGCUUAACAGGGUGUUUUAUCUGCAACCAUAA